CUCGAAACCCCUCAGAUUAAUAAAAUGCAUUCAAUAGAUGGGGAUAUAUACAGUUCUCUCUAGUACCAUCAUGCUGUUUUCCAGCAGAAAACUAACCAUAAAAUGUAUUCCCUUCUUUCUGAAAUAAUAACAUUUUCAGUUUUAGGAAUCUGAGUUACAGCAGUUUUUUAAAUCAGGAUUUCCUUGCGAAGCAUGUAAACGUGGACCACCUGAUUUUUAACAUUCUAUGUUUUUUGAAGGGUAAACUAACUGGGGAAGGAACAGAAAGUUAUACUUGUAGAUUUAGUCACAACUGAACACCUGUGCAGCUAGAAUGUUGACCCGUCAGGUUAUCCAUUGUCUUUUAACACAUGUACAUUGUUCAUGUUAUGCAUGACAAGGAGUGUUGACUUUUUGUUUUUUAAGACAAAGACAAAUGUAGUUUAGUUUCCCUUUACUGAAACCACUUGUUAUUUUAAGGUUAAGAUGAUUCCAAUCAGCAGGGUGACAUUGCAUGCAUUGUGACACUAUCAGAUUUAGAGCCUUGUAAAACAGACAGGCUAGGUAGUACCUGCAUUAGACAAGAAAGACAAGUCGAGAUCGUACUUCUUACACUAAACCAUGAAACAGAAGCUGGAAAUUGUAGCCCUGGUCCUGGGCUUCUUUGGCCUAUUUGGGACAAUAGCUAUUACAUCUCUGCCUACCUGGAAGGUCUCUGCCUUCAUUGGGGCUAAUCUUAUAGUCAUGGAGGAACUGUGGGAAGGCCUGUGGAUGACCUGCUACAGACAGAUUAAUAUCAAGAUGCAGUGCAAGGUCUACGACUCACUAUUGAUUCUCCCAGCCGAGCUGCAGGCGGCCAGAGGAUUCAUGUGCGUCUCCAUCGCCCUGGUUUUCAUUGCCUUGAUUGUCACAGCUUUUGGAAUCCAGAGGAGGAACUGUUUUGGUGACAACAUGAAGAGCAAAAACAUCAUUCUGGCCGUCGGGGGAUGUUUGUAUCUGAUUUCGUUUCUGACCACACUCAUUCCUGUCAGCUGGGUGGGUCACUCGAUUAUCAGGCAGUUCUACAAUCCAACUGUGCUGGACGCUCAGAAACGAGAGAUAGGACAAGCCAUCUUUAUUGGCUGGGGAACGUCUGGUGUGUUACUGGCCACUGGAAUCAUCGUGCUCAUCAGAUACAGCAAACGAAGAUCCAAAGAAUAUCUCUACCAGGGUGUAUACAUUAUGGAGGAAAAGAGUGCCAUCAAAGAGGACAGUGUAUAUCUCGCCCAGACAGAAUCCGGCAUGCAUAAAUUUCAAGAAUAUGUGUAAAUAACUGUUAAUUUUUGCUUUCCGCUGAAUGUAUUUAUUUGCAUUUAAAAAUGACAAUGUGUAGCCUAAGAAAUACUUCACAAGCUGAUCUGCACAUGCCUGUCAAAAUUAAGGGCUUUAGUGACUCACAGAGCUACUGGGAGAAGCUCUUUACAUCAGUUGGCUACUUUACUACAAGCAGUACCGGUAACAAAUGUUCUUUACCAUUCGACCAAUUUUGUACAUAAAAAGUAUUCAUUUAUUAAGAGUAA